UUUCGUUGAAUUUGACCUGGAAGAGCGAAAUAAUCCAAAAAGGAACAUACAGUAUUUCCUUUCUGGUUUCCUGAAGGAAGUACUUGAGAUGUCAUUGGCAGCUUUCGCCUGCUGAAUCCUGCAUGCAGCGUCCCACCAUCAUGUCAAUUCAUGUCGUAUGCGCUUUGCUGAGCACGAAUUUGUAAAAAGGCAUAUUGACAUGUUAGGUUAAUGGCAAAUGUAUUCUUCAAACAUAUUUGAACAGUUCGUAAUGGGAGCUGAUUGCGGUUAGCGGCAAUAUUUAUAUUGUUUCAAGCGAUGAGUGGAAAACGAAUCGCGGCUUGAAUGAAUGGUUCGAGACUCCGAUGAACUUUCAAGAUCUUUAUUAUGAGUGCAGUAUUUCAUCAAGCGGUGCUCGAUGGCGACACGACAAAAGUAAAGUUUAUAUUGAAAUAUGGGCAAGGAAUACGGGUGAAUCAGCCGAAUAAAUAUGGACUAACCGCAUUGCAGCAAGCUUGUAGAGAUGGAAAUUUAGCUUUAGCAAACUUUCUCUUAGAGCGAGGGGCGGAUUUGAGUUUUGUGGAUUCAGAAGGCCGCACGGCGCUACAUCUCGCCUCAGAACAAGGCCAUUUGGACAUUGUUAGCUUGUUAGUGAAUUCAGCUUGCGCCGAUGUAAAUGCAAGAAACGGAAAUGGGCAAAAAGCGGUCGAUGUUGCGAAAAGCGAUCAAGUGCGAGCCCUACUUUCGCAAGCGAUACUGUCCGAAAGUUUCAAGCAGAAAUGUUCAGUCACCUAUGGCUUAGACGAGGGUGCAGGUUACAACUUUAAAAAUGUACCAGGCUGGAGGUAUUCUAUUUCGAGCACGUCUACAGACUCUGGUGUGUCUGAGGAUUCUAGUUACAGCCACGAUAGUGGUAACGAUUCCAGAUACUCCAGUAGACAUUACCCUGCUGUAAGCUGUAAUUACAGCAAUACGGAGCAAACUGAUCAUUACGCUUCUGGUGAAUGUUCACCGCGCUUUUACCGUGACCAGAGAUUUGAUAAAGAAGAGAUGAUUUACGCCCGGCGAGUCGAGGAACCCGCUAAUCACGCUAUGCUGACAAAAAGUCACUCAUUCAACGGCGGCCGACACGAGUAUGUUGUGAAACCAGGUAACGCGAGAAGAACAGAAGGAAAGCAGAGCAGGGGGUUUUGUGGCGAUGAAUCACCAGCGCAGUAUCGAAGGCAACAUAAACUUCGUAAAGACCCGACAAGGCGAAAAACGGUUACUUUUGGCGAAAGUGAAUCGUACACCAUCGCCCCUCGUGAAGAACAACGGUAUCUGAAGAGCUGUUCUCUCACACGGCCGCCAAUUUCAAGUAGUAAUCGGCAGCCUUUCCCCGAAUCUUGGCGACACGCCACAACUACUGAGGCGAAAGCUUACAGUAGUCGCUCGAUCUAUCGAGAAGGCAGGGUAACUAACGACCUCGAAAAACAUCAAUCCGAGGACAAAAUUGAAAAUCCUCGCAAAGAGGGAAAAUUAAAAAAGCACAUUCUACCUGGCUUCUUAGAAAAAUACGUUCAUUAGACAUCCACACAUGUUGUUCGAAAUGCAUAAAUUAUGCACGAAGCGUCCACAAGUUCUAAUUUAUCAGCUUUGAUAUUUUGCUCGGAAAAUGAUCUUUUUUGCCAAAGGAAAAACGUUGUACAUAGUUGAUCUCGAAGACAUAUGGUAUAUUGUACAAUAAUCUGAGGAAACUAUAUAUAUAUAUUGUUAUAUUUUCCGACAUGAUCAUAAUUCAUUGAAUUUUGAUAUUUUAAAUUUCGUAGUUUGGAAUUUAAAUCUUCGAUGAUACAUAUCUAUUUAUAUGAGUGAUGUAAACAUUAUGUAUCCAGCCGUACAUUUAUUUAAUAAUUUCCAACUUUUAAUUAUUUCAGUAGGUUUAUCGUCGAUUUUCAUUUAUUGAAUCGUUUUUUUUCCUUCCAUUUUUUGGGCUAUUUAUGAAAUUUAUCUAAUAUUCCUCAUUCGUACCUUGUUGUAUAGCUUUGAGGUGUUAACGUAACUUUUAAUUUCAUUCAAUAACAAUACUUUUAGAAUCCUACUCUAGUAUAGUUGUAUUUUUAUUUUAGAAUCAAUGGCGUUUCGACUUGUUUCUGUCGCAAAAAUAAAUGCAUAA